AUGAAGGCAAAGAUUACGGUGAUGCAGCCACAAACCAAGGAGAGCCAUAAGCACAAGAAACUGGAUGAGGGGCUCAAAAGGAGCCGAGAUCCCUGGGGACCUGAGGCUCGCCUAGAACUCCUAGUCCAAGCCAUCCCGCAGUUCUGGGCCUGCUGUCUUUUCUCACUGUUCCUGGUCGGCUUCGCUCAGCCGACCCCGAAACAGCAACAGAUGAAGGUGGAUUGCUAUAAGGGGGUGACAGGCACCAUCUAUGAGUAUGGAGCUCUCGCCCUCAAUGGCGAGGAGUAUAUCCAGUUCAAACAGUAUGCGGGCAAGCAUGUCCUCUUUGUCAAUGUGGCCACCUAUUGAGGCUUGGCAGGUCAGUAUCCUGAACUGAAUGCACUACAGGAGGAGCUGAAGCCUUUUGGUGUGGUUGUGUUGGGCUUUCCCUGCAACCAAUUUGGAAAACAAGAACCAGCAAAAAACUCAGAGAUCCUUUUGGGGCUUAAGUAUGUACGUCCAGGUGGUGACUUUGUUCCCAAUUUUCAGCUCUUUGAGAAAGGGGACGUGAAUGGAGAAAAAGAACAGAAGGUCUUUAGCUUCCUGAAGAACUCCUGCCCUCCAACCUCUGAUUUUUUGGGCUCAUCAAGCCAACUCUUCUGGGAGCCCAUGAAGGUCCAUGACAUCCGCUGGAACUUUGAGAAGUUCCUGGUGGGGCCUGAUGGAGUCCCUAUCAUGCGCUGGUUCCACCGGGCUUCCAUCAGCACAGUCAAGUCAGACAUCCUGGAGUACAUGAAGCAGUUCAAAAGCAAAUAG